ACAAAACCCGUCGCCGCCACCGCCCGUAACCGACGUUCGCCGCUGCCGUUGUGACUUGUGCGCACUGCGCAUACACACACACACACACACACACACACUAACGAACCGUAGUGAGUUAUAGCGACUGUUGUUGUUGACUGUCGUCGUAGUUUUGGGGCCGCCCGUUUUUUUUUUUUUCGCCGGCAGUCGUGCGCGUGUGUGCAAUUUCCACAACAUCGAAUAUUGUCGUUUAUUUAUUGCGCAGUUAAGUCCGUCCGCGCGCGGACUUACGGAUUACACGCGUUGUUUUUUUUUUCCCGGCCGGAAAAAUUCGCCGGAAAACCGGACGCGCCGGCAACGCCACCAGCCGUACCGCAGCCGCCGCCGCCACCACCAUGGUGGUGCACCACAGCCAGACUUCCGUCACCAUGGAAGUGGACCCGCCGCGGAACGCCAACAGCCCGGACGACCCGAAAACGGCCAACGGCUCGUCGGAGAACGAGAAAGCGGAAGAUUCGGAAUCGUCCGAGGACGGGCCGCUGGACGUCGGCGAACACUACCUGGUCCGCCGGUACGAUGACACAUGGCAUCCUGCAGAAAUUUUACAUACCCGAUUCAACGACCACGAACAUCACUUUGAAUAUUAUGUCCACUUCGAGGGUUACAACCGAAGACUGGACCAAUGGGUUCGAAGGGAACGGAUAAUGAACUCGAGAUUUGACAUUGCCGAAAAAUCUUGUUGGAGACAAAAAGAAAUAAAUAAAAUGCCCGAUCUUCUCAAUCAGUCCGACAGGAAGAUUACGAGAAAUCAGAAAAGGCGACACGACGAAAUAAAUCAUGUACAAAUGUCCUAUGCCGAUAUGGAUCCCACAACGGCCGCCUUAGAAAAAGAACACGAGGCGAUAACAAAAAUAAAAUACAUCAACAAGGUUCAGUUGGGAAAGUACGAAAUCGACACGUGGUAUUACAGUCCGUUUCCAGCCGAGUACCAAAAAGAAUCCAAGAUUUGGAUUUGCGAAUACUGUUUGAAGUACAGCAAGCUGGAAAAAUCGUUUAAAUACCACAUGAGUCAAUGCACGUGGAGACAGCCGCCCGGCGUUGAAGUUUACCAUAAGGGAUCGCUUUCCAUUUGGGAAGUGAAUUCCAGUCAACACAAAAUGUACUGUCAAAAUCUGUGUUUACUCUCAAAACUCUUCUUAGACCACAAAACACUCUACUUCGACGUGGAACCUUUCCUGUUUUACGUACUUUGCGAGGUCGACAAGGUGGGAGCCCAUUUAGUCGGAUAUUUUUCAAAAGAGAAAGAUUCACCCGACUGCAACAACGUAGCUUGUAUUCUGACCAUGCCACCGUUUCAGCGGCAAGGCUAUGGCAAACUGUUAAUAGCGUUUAGCUACGAGUUGAGCAAGUUAGAAGGGCUCGUAGCCAGCCCCGAGAAGCCCUUGAGUGAUCUCGGAAAACUGUCGUACAGAUCUUACUGGUCUUGGAUACUGUUGGAAAUCCUCAAGAACACGCACGGCUCGUUGUCCAUCAAAGACUUGAGUGCGAUGACCAGUAUUACGCAGACGGACAUCAUAUCGACGUUGCAGUCGAUGAACAUGGUGAAAUACUGGAAAGGCCAGCACGUGAUUUGCGUGACGCCCAAAAACGUCGAGCAACUGGUCAGUUCUGAACAGUACAAAAGGCCCAGGUUCAUAAUUGACGCGAGCGCCAUCAAGUGGACGCCGAAAAAGUACAAUCCUCGGCCUGGGCCGUCCAGGCACUCGCGGUCACAGAACGUGGCUACGUAGACCGAAAUGGAUCGCUGUUAAGAAAAUUGCAUGCGUGGCAGUAAUUCCUAAAAAAAAAAAAACAAAAAAAAAUACAUAUAUAUAAAAAUGUAUAAAAAAAAAAACAUUACCUAGUAGUCAUUUAAAAGUUUACCUAAUGUAUAUAGAUAUUAAUUUUGUGUUUUUUUUUUUUUUUUUUACAUAUAUUUAUAUUAUGUAAUAAUAAAAAAAGGUUUAAAUAUGACAAGGAUAGACCAGAUAAAGGCCGUUGUAGUUGUUCACACAGUAGAUAGAUAACGUCGUUGUAAGCCCUCGACUAGACGAACAAUAUUUGUUUUUUUUUUCUGACAAUGAUACAUAACAUUGAUCGAACUAAUUUAUUUAUUAACUAUUCUAUAUUAAUAUGAAAUAAUAUUAAUAUAAUAUUAAAUAUAAAUAUAAUAUAUUAAACGUUGUAAUUUGCCCACGUGGUCAUUGUUAAUCGGAUUGUUGUAGUUGUCAGCUUGUGUUGUGCGUACCUUAUUUAGCACGUACGACGACCGGCACGCAAGUAUUUAAAACAAAAAAAAGAAACCGCCGUUUUGUCGUUGUCGAUAAUUAGACAAACGCGGAAUAAUUAUUUUUUAAAUUAAAAAAAAAACCCUUAUUAUUAUUAUUAUCGUCCCUUGUCAUACCUUUUUCGAAAAUGUGAUAGUAUUUUAUUUCGAAUGUUUUUUUUUUCUUUCCAAGUACGCGCAUAAGACCUGAGUUGAUAUAUAUAUAUAUAUAUAUAUAUAUAUUAUUAUUAUUCUCGUAUUGUAUUUCUCGAUAAUUUCUAUUUUAUAACUUUUGUAUUUGAUAAAUUUAUAAUUUAUAACGGUACGCUUAAUGUAUGCAUCUCAUACAUCAUAUAUUGUAUUUAUAAACAAAUUUAAUGUAUGUGUUAAACUAUACAACCGCGCAUUGUCGUUGCAAUAACAAUGACUAGUAGCAUCAUAUUAUUAUUAUUAUUAUUAUUAAAUAUUAUAGGACACGUCGUACAGUAUUGCAUUUCUAUUCCCCCCGUAUUUUAUGUUCCAACGGGUUUUUAUUUGUAACUCGGCCACCAUUUGUUUCGUAGACGAUAAGGAUUGUGAAAACAUAACUUAAUAUAUAAAUAUAUAUAUAUAUAUACAUACAUA